CUAUAAGGUGUCAGGAUGUCACUGUCUAUUUCUCCAUGGAGGAGUGGGAGUAUUUAGAAGAACACAAGGAUCUGUACAAGGACGUCAUGAUGGAGAAUCACCAGCCCCUCACAUCACCGGAUGGAUCCACUAAGAGAAAUCCACCAGAGAGAUGUCCCAGUCCUCAGUAUUCCCAGGACUGUCCAGAGGAAAAGCAGAAUAUCCCACUGGAUCAUCAGGAAAGUUCAGAUGGAACGACGAGUGGACUUGAGAAACCUGUAUCAGCGUCUGUGAAUGGUGAAGACAGGAUGACAGUAUACCAUAUGCAUCUCCAUGUACCUUCCUAUCAUGAAGCAGAAAAUAACAAUACCACAGAAGGUGGUUGUAUAACUCCUAAUGUACCCUCAGUCCUUCACAGCGAAGAUCUCUCCUCCGGUACCGCUGGUCACAAGAAACCUUCAUCUAGUCAAUCACUAAUUGGCAAAACAAGAACUAAACAGAAACGUGGGAAACAUUUUAAAAAGAAAUCUAAUCUUUCCUUACAUGAGAAAAAUCACAGAGAUAAAAGGUCAUUUUCAUGCUCAGAAUGUGGAAAAUCUUUUACAAGGAAAUUCCUUCUGGAUGGACAUCAGAGAAUUCACACAGGGGAGAGACCAUUUUUAUGUUCAGAAUGUGGGAGAUGUUUCAGUCGAAAAUCACAUCUUGUGUACCAUCUAAGAAUCCACUUAGGGGAAAAGCCAUUUUUGUGUUUAGAAUGUGGGAAAUGCUUUAGUCAGAAUUCGGAUCUUAAUAGACAUCAGAAAUCUCACACAGGGGAGAAGCCAUAUUCAUGUCCUGAAUGUGGGAAGUGUUUUAGUCAGAAGUCAGAUCUUCAUAGACAUCAGCGAGCUCACACAGGGGAGAAGCCAUAUUUAUGUCCUGAAUGUGGGAAAUGUUUUAGUCAGAAAUCAGAUCUUCAUAGACAUCAGAAAGGUCACAAAGGGGAGAAGCCAUUUUCAUGUCUUGAUUGUGGAAAGUAUUUUAGUCAGAAAUCACAUCUUGUUACACAUCAGAGAGCUCACACAGGGGAGAAACCAUUUAUGUGCCCUAAAUGUAGUAAAUAUUUUAAUGUGAAAUCAGUUCUUGUAGAACAUCUGAGAACUCACACAGGGGAGAAGCCACAUACAUGCCCUGAAUGUGGGAAAUCUUUUAGUCUGAAAUCGUGUCUUGUUAGACAUCAGAGAACUCACACAGGGGAGAAGCCAUUUUUAUGUUCUGAAUGUGGAAAAUGUUUUAGUCACAAAUCAAGUCUUGCUACACAUGAGAGAACUCACAAUGAAGAGAAGCCACUAUUGCUCAGUAGUACAGGUCAUAAUGUAACUCAUACAUUCUUACAACAGAUGGCAGGAUCUCAGUCUGUGAAGCAAUUAUAGAUGCAAGCCAUGUCUUGUCGGGUAUUGUUUUAAGGCUGACAAUCAUGUGAAGAAAAAUUCAGCACUGCACGGAGAUCUAGGUAAAAUCUCUUUAUUUCAUGCAAGAAAACAUCUGACAGAUCAGAAUAGAAGUAGUUAAUUUGUUUCAGACCCAAUGGUCCUUCCUCAUCCCAUAAUUGGCUACCUGCUCCAAGGACAGUGGCAGUUGGGGAGUUUGACUGGGGCGGCAAACCUGUCAAACCAUAACACAGGUGUUUUAAGGUGAGCUCAGAGAGGACGGAAACCUCCCAUUGAGAACUAUGCUGUAAGUAAAGACUGUUGGGUCUGAAACAUGUAAACGACUUCUGUAUACGUAUGUUGGAUGUUUUAUCACAUGGAAUAAAGGGAUUUUAUAAGGCUCCCGUGCAGCUGCCAUCUCUGAAAGAACUCAACCGCCCAGGAUGUUUAUAGUCAAUUAGCAGUCAGGAAGUAGUUAAAGCUUAGAUUGUCGGUUUUAAAACAAGACCUGGAUUACAUCUUUAGAUGCUACACAACCUGAGAUAUUCCAGGAUAAAGCGGCCCUCCCACCUCUUCAGCCAGCUGUGAUGUUGACUAGCAUGGAGAAGCAGAAAGGUCUAGUGGAGCACCUGCCAACCGACUGAAGAAAAAGAGACAUAGAUUCUCUUUCCCUGUGCAACUGGACAUGGGCGCAGGAGGAGGGUAACAUGGAUUUCUCUGCAUGUUAUCAACACCUCCCCAUCAGACAGUAUACUUAUGCUGAUUAUCCCCUUUUUCUGCUAGAAACAGUGUGUAAAAUUGAGUGCUUGCUCAUCUAAUCACCUUUCUGUUCAUUCAAUCAAUGACCCAGAAGUUUACCAGGAUCUAGAUCACAGCACUAAAUUAGUUGUGCCAAACACAAUGGCACAUUUUUAUUCAUUGAUUGUUGCUGUAAAUGAUAA